AUUGGCUCAAAAGCUGGCACUUUUGGGCACAGCACGUGAGAAGGCGAACCGCGCGUCUGGGGACUUUGGCGGGAAAUCUGACGCGACGCGAUCCACGGCUUACUCACUUCGCUGUCGUCAUUGUCGGUUCCUCACCUCCGCUGCAGCAAUGGAUUACUGGUCUGCCAAGGGACGGCCGAUGCUCCUCGCGGCACUGGAGACGGUCUGUAACACUGUGGAGAAAGAACUAGCUGCUGACAUCCAGCAGCAGGCUGAACGCCGCCAUGCAUCUAUCCUGGAUGAGAUCAGUCAGCUGAAGGCUACCGCUGCGAGAGCCGAUCAGCUGGAACGAGAGAACAGGUCGCUUCUUCGGGAACUGGAAGAGUUUCGGAAAAAGCAGGUUUCCCAACAUCCAGCGACAGCUCGAUCUCCAGUUCGCGGUUCGGUAGCAUUGGGAGAACAGACGCUGCCGGCAACACGACCUGCCCUCGCAGAGGUAUCCGCCAAUGUCAAUGCACGCCCAGUUAAGACCCGCGACUCCGCAGCACGCGACCCAGUGAAGCCAGACCUCGAGAAGGAUUAUUCGCGACUUGUAAGAGUGCAUACUGCCCUGGUCGAGAGAUACCAGGAGUCCAAGCUCAGGGCGACGAGACUCCGUGAAGAGCGGCAGAGCUGGAUAGAGUACGCUCAGUCACUCGAGGUCAAGAUACGGAAGCUGGAGAAGAAGCUCGAGCGUAACAAGGCUCAUAAUAACGAGCUACUUCCUUCCAGCAAUACGACGAAACCAGAACCGGCUAGAAGCGUUUCUGCCAACGGCAUCUCUAGUAGGGCGGCCUUUGAGACAGCGGUGUUAGAUCAUGGAAGAACACCAGUCGAAGAAGAAACGCAGGAUGAGAGCGGUCAGACGCCUGAGCUACCACCGGUACCUCCAAGCAUGUCUACGGAUCCUGUGGUCGAGAUCAAAGAGGAGCCGUCCUCAGAUGAGCCAGUGAUGAUCUCCGAGAGGAUCAUACGCAAACGCAAACAUCCGUCUGACGAUGCUGAAAUACCUACGCCGCCGCGCAGAAUCAAGAGUGAGCAGAGCAUCAAUUCAGACCCCAUUAUCACCAGCGAAGUUCCCGUUUUCCGUCCUCACGAGAGUAUCGACCUGGAUGAAGAAGAUCAAAGGAUGCCGACACCGAGAAAACAGCGCGCGUCGGGACACCAACGCCUUCAAGAGGAAGGCCCCAUUAAGCAUGAGGACCCCUUUUGGCUGCAUUCCUCCGAGCCACAGUCCGCCAACAGGGCUGUGAACGCACCGCGCGGCGGUCUCGAUAGACACUCCGAUCGACCGGUUGCAACCAGCCUGUGCCCAACGCACAGACAGCCAGGGGCGCACAAAGAUGGCAGGUCACCAAUCAGGGCAGGUUGGACUUUAGAUAACGGGAUUGCGGAAGUUGCCGAAGACGGCUCUGAACUCUUCGAACCCCGGGGCAUCGGGGAGAAUGAAAGGGAUCAUAUGCCCGCACAUGGUCGGCUGCAUUCGCUUUUACAUCAGAACGUGCCGGAAAAGACUUCUCCUUUGGUUCCCCUAGCGGGGCCUGGUCGUGGCACCCGUCCACCUCGAAUGGGCCAUGGACACAUCGAAAACGUGACGGCACGACAAACCCCAGGACAACGUCGCAACAUCUCGGCCAGAGCAUCUCCUACAGUGGAAACGCCCCAUACCACUUCGCCCGUACGGCACGCGCGGGAACAGACCGAUCAGUCGAAGCCUGCUCGGUUACGGGACCGGCCAUUAGCAGAGCUGCGACCGGAAGACUUCAAAAUCAAUCCAAAAUACAACGAUGGCUACAGCUAUGCCUUCUCGGAGGUUGUGCGCAAUAAGGGUCAGCGGGCCGAGCUUGCUGGGUGCACCGAUCCGAACUGCUGCGGUAGAAAAUUCCGGGCCAUGGCAGAAUCAGAGCUCAACGCAGCCGGACCAGGCAUCCUCUACCGGGUAGCGGACACCAAGAUGAUGGAGGACUAUUUGGGCAACGAAGCGUAUCGGCUCCUCUGUAUGACCAGGGAGGAGAGACGGAGGUUGUGGAUCAAGGCUAAGACGCAGGAUUUGGCCGAUCGAUAUGGGCGACAUCGAGACAGGUUUGCACGGAGACCAUCUCCGCCGGGGUAUUGGAAUCCGGAUUUCCCGAGCACCCAGGAUAUUGAGAAGAGCAAGGAGGAAGGCGAGAUCAUGGAGAAGAGACUGGUCGAAGAGAGAUGGAGAGAGGCAAUGCGAGGUGGAGGUAGAUGGUUGUUCCGGGACGAGUGAAGAAGUGACCUGCCAACACGGGACUCGAAUUUCUCUUGGCUGCUAGGGGGCCGGAAGGAGUACCCACCACUCAGCACGCUCGUCGCG